AUGUCCCAAGUUAAAAGCGAUGGAUCAAUUGGAGUCCCUAGUGAAAAAGCAGAAUACUUUACAGUUAUAUUACAUGUUUUACCUGUUCAUCCUAUUCAUGGUCUUAUAAAUGGACUUUUAACACCACUUUUCAUCAGUGCUACAGCAUGGGAACAUUUAGUUCAGCCAGAUUUUGAACAACAUGUAACAGUUUUUGCAGCUGUACCAACAAUAUAUUCAAAACUUAUACUUGAUUGUGAAAGAAAAUAA